AUGCAUGUCAUGUGUGCAUAGAUAGUGAAGUUUAAAGGUAUGAAGAUGAUAAAGAUGCACAACAACUAAAAAAUGUACGAUGUUACAUUAAGGUUAAAAGUGGAUUGCAGAUGAACAAAUGUUGCACUUACAAGGGAUUCUAUUCAAAAUCAACUAAGACAAUCUAUUAUAGAAAUGGCCACCAAAGAAUGUGCAUUAUUUUGCGUCAUUUGUCAAUGCAAGGACAUUAAUAAAUCAGCGCAAGAAUACUGUCCACAAUGUGAAGAGGCUCUUUGUGGUGACUGCAGAGACAACCAUAAAAUAUAAAGAUUAUCAAAAUCACAUCAGACAAUCUCUAUAGACAAAUAUAACAAAUUACCAUCAGUUAUCAAGAAAAUUAACCAUAACUGUGAGGAGCACGGCUUUGUCCUUGAAUUCUUUUGUAAAUCCCAUAACUUUCCUUGUUGUAAACGUUGCGUGAUAUUAGGGCAUAAGGAAUGCAAGGACAUUAUUUUCAUAGAGGAUUUUUUAACACCUUCUUCAAGACAUCAGUCAGCAGCUUUGGAUAACAUUGUAAAAAUUGUUAAAGAUCUGGAAGGCAAUAUUUCGACCGCUUUAAAGGACAGACAUCGAAAUUUGGCUGAUUUACGUGAACAGAAGGAGGUGAUUAUAGAACGAAUAAAAGAAAAGCGGAAAGAAAUUAAUAAUAUUUUUCAAAAAUUAGAGGACGCAAUACUAGAAAAAUUAUCUGCAACGGAGAAUGAAUACUGUCUGAAAAUAGAAGAAAUAAUAGAAAAACUGAAUGAGAGGAAGAUGAAAGUAGACGAAAUUAAAAAAGAUGUCGAAUCUAUGAAAAUGUUUGCAUCCGAUCUGCAAAUAUUCAUGGGAACAAAGACAUUCGAAGAAAAUGUAUCUACUAAUGAACGUAACCUCCAAGGUUUGUAUGACAAUGGGAGCUUUGAAAACUUAAAAAUUGUAUGUAUUUUAAAUGAAAAACUAAACAGAAUAAUAAGCGAAAUAAAGACAUUUGGUGAUAUAUAUGUUAACAAAUGUGAAAAGCAUGCUUCUUUUUCAUGGAACGGUGACAAAUCAUCACCAAUUUUAAAACCUAUGACGGGAGACAACUCGAUUAUUAACAUAAACGUCAAGCUAGUACAUAAGAUUAUUAUAGAUGGUCAUAAUAUUAGUGGAUGUGCCAUUUCAGAAGCUGGAGACAUGUUGUUUCAAAAUUUGCAGCAGAAUACUCUGCUUAGAUUUGCACCUAAUGGUGAAUUCCAUUCCAGUUCAAAUAUCAAAGGUGCAGGAUUUCAGAGUGGUUAUGACCUUGCAGUGGUCAAUUCCAAUACGAUAGCUGUAUCAAGUGGUGGAUAUCCCCCACACAAGAUUUACUUAAUUGACAUAAAUGGUGCAGAAACACGGCGUUUGUUUAAUCUGGACGACUACUGUUACGGUUUAAGCUAUCACAAUGGAUCGUUUAUGUAUUCUACUCUGGGAAAGGCAUUAUAGUAUUCGACAUGUCGCAGCAAGAUUUUACUCACGUCCAGAAAAAAGUCAAUACACCCAUAAAUGGAUACCAUACUUACGUUGCCUCAAACCAAAAUGGCAUAUUUCAUUCCAACUGUCAUGAUCAUUCUGUCAUAUGUUACGAUAAA